CGCGAUGGGCGGGGCUUGGGAGUGACCACGCCCCUCCACGAUACAUAUCCUUACUACCCUCGAGAUACUGUAUGUAUUGUGUCUAUCCAUUAUUCAUUUAGGCCACGAAUUUAGCAAGUUAAAUUUGUUAUAAUCAGUUAUAUUACAAGUAAGUAAGUUGUAUAGGAAAGCCUACAAUAUGAUGCCGUUUAAAAUAUGGAUUAUCUCCAGGACCUAUUGUAACAUUUAUUUAUUUACAUUGGCUGUAUGUCUUACAACUUUAUAUCUUAAGAUUGUUUAACUCUAUGAAGUAUUCUGUGACUUUGUCAGGGCGUGAAAAAGUAGAGGUCCUGUAUUACCAGUUUGUGACACUAGAUGUUACUAGAGGACUGUGGGAAGCCAUACCAGUUGCUGCGUAGUUGUAAACGGUCUAUGAUUGUAAUGCAUUGGAUUUUUCUUUCAGAGACACACAAAAUGUCAUAUUAUUAUGUUUUUAUCAAAUGUUUUAAGGUGGAAAAUUAGAAAAUUUUUAAAAACUGCGUUUAUCUUGUGGAUGCUACAGUGAUAGCAAAACUGACAUAAUAAUCUUAAUAAUAUAAUUUAAACUCAAAUUUUGUCUUCUUUAUGUGCGAGUCCUUCUAAUCUCUGUUCCUCUAUCAACCACAAUCUCUAUGACUGUUUCAGGUUUUAAUGGAUCAGUAGCCUAUAGGCUUCUGCCACCAUGCCCAGCACAGCACGGUUUAACAAAACAUGUGAUCUUUUAGACAUAACACUGAUACACAACAUUAACUUACAUCUUGAGUUUGCAUUGCCAAUGUUCAGUUUUCCUCUAAGCUUAUUCUGCAGAUUGUUUGUGCCAAAAUGCCUCCCAUUCCUGGGUGCUUAUGUCAGAAAGUUUGACUGCCUCAGGACACUUAAACCAAUCCAUGACUACUCUAUCAAAGUAGUGCAGAUGUGAGGCAAUGAUUUCUUUUAACAGAUGGUUAUGAUGUUAUUAUGGACCAUAAUCUUUGGUGGUAUUUUUGCCAAAUGGGAGGGCGGUUGGUCAUGUUUAGGACAUGGCCCAUAAAUUUGAAGGCAUCACACCUCCUUUCUUUAAAACUCCAUUCACAAAGUUGUAGUAGAGAGGCUGGACUUUGCCGUAAAACAAAAGAACUGAGGGAGGGUCCAGACUCAUUUGUGUCCUAUACCGUCUGCCCCAUCACAUUACAAUGUACGAUUGGGGACUGUUUCUUGGGAGUUAACAGAUUUAGAUGGAAAAUUAGUAAACAGUGAUUCAGAUUUGAGUACGUGUAAGAGGCUGCAGAAGAGUCAUUUUUUCCAAACCACUUCAGGAUUCACAACAUCAGCACAACUUCUCUCCGCUCUGCAACUGAAGGCACUAUAAAAGAUGCUCUGGUUCUCAGAGAGGGCAGCCCUGCUCUGUGUGAGCUGCUGCCUGCUCAUAGGACUAUGCUGCUGGGCUGAUGACACCGGGCUGUUCCCUGGAGAAGGUUCUGGAGAUGGCGACUUUGAGGAAUGGGGCUCUGGAUCUCCUUUUCUCCAUCUGCUCCACAGUUUUCCAGCCGACAGCCCCUUUCUAACAGAGACACCAGGGAAACAGGCUAACUGCACUCAGCGUUUUGUGCUGCCCUCUGCCCCCAGCAUCUGCUGGGACCAUGUCGCUGGACCAGAGGAGUUCAGUCAGUCUCGUCUGCUGCUGCUGCAGAACAGAGCGGCGCUGCAGGCUCUGUCUGACUCCAGUGGAGUGGAGGAGGGAGGACCCUCAUAUGAACUCCAGGCCAAAGAUGAGGUCCAAGGGAUUCACGCAGACCACCAGAGCGGAAACUAUGCUAACCAUGGAGAAGGUGUUUUUGUCUUUGGAGGAGAAGAGGAGAGAAGGCACAGAACAGGGACUCCUCACGAGCAUGAAGGAGCACCUCAUCCACACAAGAACUGCCAUAGGCGACAGACAAGCUGUGGCAUCUAUCCUGGAAAACAAAUUUUCGGCUCUGGAACAAACUCUAUUCAACAUCCAACUUCGAAUCAACAAACUUGUCCAAUAACAAUGUCACAGCUGUGUGUUGUUUAAUAUGUUUCUAAUAUAUGUACAUCAAUGCUGAAAAAUUAUUCAUCUAAACUAGAAGAUACUGAUUGUUUAAUGGGAAAACACUGUAUGAUGCAGUGUAAUUUCACAUUCAAGAAAGUAAACAAAUAAUAAAUAUUGCACGUUGAGUGAUUUCAAUGAGCAUAAUUGCAUUAUUUACUAUUUGGUUAUUUAUAAGCAAAUAUUAAAUAAAGACAGGCCAACGUGUCAAAGGGGCAA